AAACAAGGAAGACCAAGAGUAAAGCUUGAUCAAAUAAGCUCUACUUUUAUUUCUGCAAGCUUUAACUGUCCAAAAUGGAAGGAAAUUCUGCUCAUGCAAGUAGUUACAGCACGAUUCAGCCAACUGCAGCCGCCGAAGAUGCUUCUCUUACACAACUGAGCCCUCCAACAUCCCCAUGGGCAGCUCGAAAAGUAUUGGUUUUCUGUUUGCUUUCCUUCGUUUACUUCUUAACGUGGUGCUAUGUUGGUUUACUGGCGCCGUUCUUUCCAGAAGAGGCCAAUAAAUUUGGGAUCAAUGAAAGUGAAACUGGUUUGAUUUUUGGUGUGUACAGUCUGGUAGCCUUCCUAGCAUCAUUCAUCUAUGGAUCGUUUCUGCUUCCAAAAAUAGGUCCAUAUUUUGUUCUAUUUUUUGGUUUGUUUCUAAAUGGAGGAGCAGUUCUCAUAUUUGGGUAUCUGAACUUGCUGCCGAAGGGUCAGAUGUUUGCUGUGUUUUGCUUAGUAACAAGAGGUAUUAGUGCUCUUGGGGGAUCAGCCUGCGAGACAGCUGUGAUGGUCAUACUCAUCCAGGAAUUCAGAGACAACUUGACUACAGUGAUUGGCAUGUUAGAACUCUUUACAGGUCUAGGAUUCACACUAGGGCCAUUUGCAGGAGGUGCAUUAUAUUCACUUGGUGGUUUUCGUCUUCCACUGCUUGUAACUGGUGGCCUCUUGCUAUCAGCAUUACCCAUGGUGUGGCUGUUUCUCCCAAGGACUGAUUUUAUUGAGAGUGAAAACAAAAAAGGUAAAAGAGUGUGGAAAGAAGCACUGGGAAUUCCUGGGGUGAUUGUUUUGUGCGUCGCGAUGUUUGUUGGUAUCAUUUCAAUAUCAUUCCUUGAUCCUACAUUACAGCCGCAUGCUGAAAAGUUUGGUCUGAAUUCUACRGGUGUUGGACUUGUUUUCUUGGUGUAUUCUGUAACAUAUAUGGCUUCUACACCUAUUGUUGGACGGAUAUUAGAGAAACAGAAUUGGAAGAGGUUCUUCCUGGUCAUUGGUUUCUUCGUAUCAAGUGUUUGUACAUUGUUCUUUGGUCCUGCGCCAUUUUUGCCAUCUUUCAUCCCUCGAAGGAAGGUUUGGGUAUUAAUGCUGUCUGUAGGUAUUGCUGGGGCUGCUAAUGCUCUAUACUAUGUACCUAUUAUGCCAGAGCUUCUCGCGUGUUGUUAUGAAAGAGGUAUGAAAAAGGAUGUGUACACGGAUUCAAUGGCAUCUGGCUUAUUUACAGCGUUUUCUAACUUGGGUGGUUUUGUUGGCGCGUUCGUCGGUGGAAUUUUAGUCGAUCAUUUGCGAUUUGAGUGGACAUCAACGAUUAUUGCUGGACUAGUGUUUCUAAUGGAGAAAGAAAUCAGUGCAAAGAAGGUCAUCAGACCCAGAGAGAAAACGACUUAUAGAUGACAAAAACAAGAAUGGACAUGAUGUUAACAAAAGCCAACACAUCGUUUCGAUAUGAUUGCCAAAGCUAAGAAAGACCUACAUAUCGUUUAUCUAUUCACUUGGAUUGCCAGUGCGCCAGUCUGUGGAGGUGUAUCUUUUGACUACGGGCUAUCUGUGRUUAUUAGAGACGAGAGAAACUGGGUACUGGUAAAAUCUCUAGUUGCCAGCAUUGUGCGCCAGCAUUGGUACGAGUAAUUCGGCGCGGUUUCAUUACCUGAUCAGGAUUGCGGGCUCUAUGAUAAUUAGUGAUGAGCGGAACUGGGUACUAGUAAAGUACUUUCCAUAGGAAGCCCAGUCAUCUCUAGUGCACAGCAUUGCUACGAGUUAUUUGGGGCGGUUUCCUUACCUGAUCACGAUUGCGGGCUCUAUGAUAAUUAGGGAUGAGCGGAACUGGGUACUAGUAAAAUUCUUUCCACAGGAAGUCCAGUCAUCUUUAGUUAACUACGUACGUCAAACAUUGCUACAUGUUAUUUGGAGUUUCCAUAUUUUAAAGUGAUAACGACUGCGGGCUCUCUGAUGAUUAGAGAUGAGCGUUAAUGGGUACUAGUGAAAUAUGUUUCCACAGGAAGCCCAUUAUGUGAGUUAAGGUAAAACAUCGAAAGGGCAACAAAAUGCUUUCAGUUUUAACUGAAGUUUCAAGAUUCAAGUUUUUGGUUUCAAGUUUCAGAUACAAUACAUGAGCCCCUAAAUAGCACGACUCGGUAAAUGCUUCUUAAAGAGUUACGAGAAGUGGUCAGUACUGAGUUCACAUUUAUAUAUAGGAUAAUUUAUAUAUUUAUGUCUUAAAAUCAAAGAACAAAAGAGCAGUAUAUAUGAAGCAUUUGAUGUUAAAUUUAUAGAUGCAAGGCCUUAUAUUUUUCAGUGAAAAAUACUACUUGUGACACUCAGUAAAUAAAGUUGUUUCAGUGAUUCAUUUUUUGAUU